AUGAUUUCCCACAACUGCUGGUACCGCUAUAUGCGGUAUGUGAUUUGUGCAUUUUUGUUGUUUAUACUCAUUCGUCUCAUUCCGGUUCAGCAUCCUAAACGAUCGUACAAUCCGGCGGAUAUUAUUAAAGUAGAUCCAGGCUUUCUACGAUCGUACGACACUGACGAAGCGUUACACCGGUACAGCAGCAUAUACUUUAUCGAAACGUCCGCACCAUUCAAGCACGUUGUCACAGUCGAACCGAGACAGGCAUGUGCGAUAGAAUCGGCCGCACGUGCCAAUCCACGCCGGAAGGUGAUCGUACUGUUUGCCUCGUGGAAAGAAAUAACCGAUCCGGGGCGGGUGCGAUUUCCCGAUCUAGCAACGCUCGUCCAGCUGCCGAACGUUCACUUUCGAUGGUUAAACUUGGAACAUUUUGCCCAAGGUACACCGGUCGAGCAGGUGAUCAGAUCGGACAAACUGUACCAGCGUGCCGACGGUGCCGAAUAUCUGUCCGAGAUAUUGCGCUUGGUGCUGCUGUACAAAUACGGUGGCAUCUAUCUCGAUCUCGAUGUGGUGACGCUGAAGACGCUCAAUUUUUACAAUCCCAACUUUUUCGGCGCUGAAACACCGCGGCUCGUCGGUUCGUCGGUGAUAGGGCUGGAACGGCACGGUUACGGACAAACGUUUGCCGAGAGAUGUCUCCAUAACUUCAAAUAUUUUGAAAAUCAAAACAAUGUCCGGAACGGUUCGUUUCUGCUCACCUACCAGAUAGUGCAAGCCUGCGAGAAGCUCACCCUGGAGGAGGUCAUCAACGGCGGAUGUGGUGGACUGUUGGAGGUGUACACGCAGAGCUUCUUCCAUCCCUUCGACCAAACGAACGUGAACAUAAUGUUCGAUUCUGGCCAGCUGGAGGAGGCCAAGCGCCGUAUUUCGAAAGCGAUGAUCGUCCACAUGCUGCACCGUACCAGCCGGAAGCUGCGAAUCGUCGGCAAAAUGACGGGUUAUCAAAUGAUAGCGAAAACUUACUGUCCAAAAGUGUACGAAGAUAAUAGUGGUGAUUUUUAG